AUGUUACGAAAACCAAAGACAAUCACAUCUAAUAACAGGGCGCCCAAAACGUUGAAGCCACAACAAGCUCGACAACUCAUUCGCCGUUUCCACGUGUUGCAGAAGAACAGAAAGAGUCUUGAGCAGCUACUAAGUGAGGUAAAACCAGGGUUUGACUUAGAAACGUACCUUCAAAGCCCAGAGCCAGCAUAUACGAAGCAACUAAAAGAAUACAAAUAUGCUAAGACUCCAGAAAUUCACCACAUCGACAGAAAAUUGCUGUAUGCGGAGCUCAUACGGACCCUAGCGAAAGUAGACGCUGAACUACAACAAAGAGGAGGACUACAUGUGUACCAAAUGGCAUCAACUGUGGGCCAAAAAAGCGAACGAGGAGGUGACUCUCUGAAAUGGCUCGUAACCCUUUAUAAACGAUUAGGAAGGACGGCCACAAGAACCUUGGAAAUUGGAAGUUUAUCUCCCACAAAUGCUAUACUGACAAGUGGAAUUUUCGGAGAAGUCACACGGAUCGAUUUGAACUCGCAACAUCCGCAAAUCCUCCAGCAAGAUUUUAUGAAGCGGCCGCUUCCUCUGGGAAAAGAUGAGAAGUUCGAUCUAAUUCUGUGUUCUCUCGUAUUGAACUUCGUGCCUACACCAAGUGGAAGAGGCAAUAUGCUACGAAGAAUGACUGAAUUCUUGGAGCCGUUCCAGAAAGAACAGAAACCGUCGCUUUUCUUUGUGUUGCCGCUCCCGUGUGUGACCAAUUCUAGGUAUUUCAACAAAUCACUCUUUGCCAAUGUGAUGAAGUCGUUAGGUUUUGAAGAGAUCGAAUAUCAUGAAGCCAAAAAAGUGGCAUAUUGGCUAUUUGACUGGCAUGGCCGUGGGAAGAAAAUUCAAUACCCUAGCAAAUCAGAGGUCAAUCCAGGCAAACAAAGGAACAAUUUCUACAUUGACAUGAACUAA